UGAACACAGGCACCUACCGCCAUGGCUUCGGCACAAAUGGACAGUUCAAAGACCGGAUGUUACUGUGGCGUUCUGUGUCCUCACCGGGGCCGGGUUUUAACCGGAAACCAAGAAGCAGACGAUGCGCCUGCUGAAACGUUUUUUGUGUUUAACAGAAGGCACUGGUUAUGUAAACAAAGUUUAUUCAAAACAUGGUGGGAAGAGUUCGAAGAGAUCUCAAAUUUAAUUUUCCCUAUAAAUGCGAUUAGAAUCUGCGCAGCUACUUUCAUCAUGGAUGGAGACGAAUCUGCGAGCCUUUUAGCUUCUUUAGAGCCUCAAGUAUCUUCUUCGGACUCUGCGGAGCGAAAGUUGGCUCGCCAGUUACGAAUUUCUAAACGCAAUGAAGCAGCUCGCAGGGGUACCAGCGAUGGUGAUCACCAUCUGGAUGUUGUGUCUGAAUACACAAAUCUGGAAAAGCAAGUGGAAAGCAGUGCAGAGGAGUUGGAAAGAUUACUCAUUGAAGGAAGAGAACUGGUUACUAAUGUCCGUGUAGCCAGUGACACACGAGAGGUGAAUAGACGACAAGAGGAAUCAGAAAAUAGGAAAAAAAGGUUGCAAAGGCUAGAGGAAGAGGAAACAACAACCAGAGCAAUGUUCGAAGAAGUAAAUGAAAAAUGGGAAAUGAUGGCCAAGCACAAUGAUCCCAUGGAUCUAAAAUCUGAUAUCGAUGCUCAAAAAGAGAGAUGCAACGAGCUUUUGGAACAGAAGAAUGCAGUUAUACGGGAUUUAAUGUCUGAAUUAGAAGCAGCUGAUUUACGUUUUGUCAAGGAUCAGCAAAGACAGUUGGAGGAAGUUUCUCUCUUGGUCCAAAGAAUUGAAAAUCAGGUCAAAAUUAUGAAGGAAGCUUACCGUCGAGAACUAGGGCUGAUUGAGGAGGCCAUUUCAAAUGAGCGGAAAGAUCUAUUGGAUUCAUGUAAUAAGCAAUGGGAUGCUCUGUACAAACAAAGGGAUAAAGAGGAAGUAAAUAACUUGAAACUUCGUUUUCAAGAACAGGAGGAGCAGGAUGAAGAAGUAAAGUGUGUAAGAAUGGAACAUCAGGAAAGGUACAGGCAAACUAAAAUUAAAUUGGAUUCCGACAUUCAGGUUAUGCAUCAUGAAUUAGAACAAGUAAAAGCAAUGUGCCUCCUUAAUGCAGAAAAACUUGAUUACAAUUAUCAAGUGUUACAAAAGAGGGAGGAUGAAAAUUUAAUGAUGCGAGCACAACAAAAGCGUCGAAUUAAUAAGUUGCAGGAUAUAGCUAAUAGCCUCCGAAAAAAAAUGAGAGAGUCUGAAGCUGCAGCUGAAAUUGAAACAGCAAGGCUCCACGAAGAGAUUUCUCGGCUCCAUCAAAAUAUUGGUGACAUAGAGAAGAAAGCAAAUCAUUUUGCCAAUAUUAAUGAUCGGCGAUAUAAUCAAGUGUGGAAUUUGCGUCAAGAAACUGCCAAUGAGUUACUUACCAAGAUCAUGACCAUAGACCGCUUAAUUCAUGAACAACAACUUGGUUUAGAAUGGAGUCCUCCUGAAAAUGUUCUCCUCAACAAAGUGGAUUUACCAUCUUAUCAAGCAGCAAUGAAGAUUAUUUAUCAACCAUCUGGUUCUAAAGAGGGAAAAGAGGGAAACUCCUCUGGGGAAGCUAUUGGCUCUUUAAAUGAAAGAUGUGGGAGCUCUGAAUCUAAAAUUUCUCAGGAGAGAGAAGAAGAUGAUUCUAAAAUGGUUUUAAAAGAAUUGGCAAGGAGACGUCUCUUGAAAUUAGUACUUCAGCGAGUCGCUGACAGUGCUGGUUUUCUUGUUGAAGAGAGACUGAGAGAUCUUCUUGCUCCUUACUCAGAGUCUCAACAAACUAUAAUACGCCUGGACAAUGUGUUUAAUGCUUUGGGACUGCGACAUGAAGCAGAUAUUGAAAUGUUAAGAGACUACUUUCUUCCAUAUGCUACAUGUACUGUUUGUAUAAAAUCUGUGCCUGAAGAGAAAGUCAGUACUGAAGUUACAAGAGACCAUCUUACUGAUAGCUUACUUAAAAUUCAGCAAGCUGAGCCUUCAGAGCUUCUCCAUUUGUCAGAAACACAAGAAAUCCUUGUAUCUGAAAAUGCUACAAUUUCAUCAGUUAUAACGGAUCCGUCACUUCAUAAAGUAAAGGACAUAACUUCAACCAAAACUGUUGGUAGCUCGGCAAUGGUUCUCCAUGGUCCCCCAGAGAAAACAUGCUAUGACUCACAUCCAUUGGAAAUUGAUCCUGUCUAUGUUUUGCAAGCACUCAGAAAUUUCAUUUCUAACUUCCAACAAAACAAACUGGGGUAA